CUUUUUGUUGUGCGUUCCGUCUUGACAGUUACAAGGGGCAUAUACAUUUGAAAAUUCGAUGCAACAGACUUAAAUGGCCGCUGGAGGAUCGUCAAAGUGCUCGAUCCGGCGGCACACUUAGAUUCGUGCAUGUGUCUUGUUUCAACGAACGUUAUAACGUCGCAAUUCAGUGCGCCCGACACGCCGGCCGUGCAGAAAAACUUGUCGACUUCCAUGUCAUUGUCUUGCUAGGAUAAUUAAUCAUGGAACAAGAUACAGAAUAUAUGAAAUUACCUUUGGAGGAGCGUCUCACACAUAAGUCUUGGCGUGCACGUUUACACGGAUAUGAAGAAUGUGUGAAGACGUUCCAAUGCAUCGACGACGAAAAGUCACCAGAGUGGAGCAAGUAUGUGGGAUUCAUCAAGAAGUUUGUGGUGGAUAGCAAUGCAGCCGCGCAAGAGAAGGGCCUGGAGGCUGCUCUGGCUUUCGUGGAAAACGCAGCAGUGGCCAGCAAGAUAGUCGUCGAUAUGAUGAACGGCAUUGUGUCCAAAUGCAUCGCCGCGCCGAAGGCCAAAACGAAGGAACUAGCCGUGCAGAUCACGCUGAUGUACGUCGAGAUCGAGAAGCACGAGAUGGUGCAGGAGGAACUGCUGAAGGGCACCGAGGCGAAGAAUCCAAAGAUCGUUUCGGCGUGCAUCGCCGCUCUGACGCUGGCGCUCAGGGAGUUCGGACCCAAAGUCAUCAACAUGAAGUCGUUGAUAAAAAGAAUGGCGAGCUUCUUGGAGGACAGAGACAAGACGGUGCGGGAGGAAGGCAAGGCGAUGGUGGUGGAGAUGUACCGAUGGAUGGGCGACGGCCUGAGGCAGCAGUUGAACACAUUGAAGCCUGUGCAUGUGACGGAACUCGAGGCGGAGUUUAGUAAUCUCGCGGACGAGAAGGUGACGCCUACGCGUUAUCUGCGCUCGCAGAAGCCGAAGAACUUGGGCACGAAUGGCGACUCGGCGGCGGGCAGCGACAACGCGGACGACGGCAACGAGGACGCGGACGUUUCGAUUCCAGCUAUAGAUCCUUACGACCUGCUGUCGCCGGUCGACAUCCUGUCCAAGUUGCCGAAGGACUUCUACGAGAAGAUCGAGGCGAAGAAGUGGCAGGAGCGCAAGGAGGCGCUGGAGGCGCUCGAGAAGCUCGUGAAGAACCCGAAACUGGAGAACGGCGACUACGGCGACGUGGUGAGAGCCCUGAAGAAGAUCAUCUCGAAGGACACGAACGUGCUGGUGGUGACGCUGGCGGGCAAGUGUCUGGCCGGUCUGGCCGCCGGCCUGAAGAAGCGAUUUCAACCGUACGCCACGGCCUGCCUGCCCGCCAUUCUGGAGAAGUUCCGCGAGAAGAAGCAGUCGGUGGUGCAGGCGCUGCGAGAGGCGGCCGACGCGAUCUACGAGAGCGUCAGCGUCGAUCUCAUCCUCGAGGACACCCUCGCCGCGCUGGAGAACAAGAAUCCGGCCGUGAAGGCCGAGACGGCCGCCUACCUGGCUCGGUGUUUCACGCGCACGCCGCCCGCGAGUCUCAACAAGAAGCUGCUCAAGUCUUACACCGGCACGCUGCUGAAGACGCUGAACGAGCCGGAUCCGACGGUGCGCGACAAUUCGGCCGAGGCGCUCGGCACGGCGAUGAAGCUCGUGGGCGAGAAGGCGAUGAUGCCGUUCCUCACCGACAUCGACAAUCUGAAGAUGACGAAGAUCAAGGAGUGCGCCGACAAGGCGGUAAUCAUCGUGAAGGUGACGAGCGGCGCGAAGAAGCAGGAGCGACCCAACACCGCUCCGGCUAAGGUGGAGUCGCACAAGGCGAGCAAGGAGAGCACGAAGAUCGUGAAACCGAGGAGACCCAACACCGGCACUAUAGUCAUCAAGAAAGCGACGACCAAGAAGCCCGGUGGCGGCUCGUCGCUCACAAAUCUCGCGCCGUCCGCGAAGAGAGCGAUUCAGAUCGAGAAGAAUUACACGCCGGAGGAGAUCGACGAGAUGGCGGCGCAGCUGCUGCCAGCCGAGGUGAUCGCCGGUCUCGUCGACGGCAACUGGAAGACGCGUCUCGCCGCCGUCACGCAGCUGCUGGACGCGAUCAGGAUGAUGGAUCCGGCGGAGAUGUCCGCCCAGGUGAUCGUGCGCACUCUGGCGAGGAAGCCCGGCUUCAAGGACACGAACUUUCAGGUGCUGAAGCUGCGCGUGGAGGUCGUCAAGUAUCUCGCGGAGAAUCACACCUUCACGACCACCGUGGCGGAGUACUGCCUUGUGGACAUCGCGGAGAAGCUGGCGGACGCGAAAAACAGCUCGGUCGCCAUCGAGACGCUGGUGGCGAUCGCCGAGGCCACGAGCUUCGAGUACGUCGCGGAGGAGAUCGUGUCCUUCGCGUUCAAUCAGAAGAACCCGAAGGUGCAGCAGGAGACGCUGCUGUGGCUAUGCCGCGGCCUCACCGAGUUCGGUUGCAGCCUCAACGUCAAGUCCGUCAUCGAGAACCUGAGGAAGGCGGUGGCGGCGACGAAUCCCGGCGUGCGCACCGCCGCCAUCACCCUGCUCGGCACUCUGUACCUGUACAUGGGCAAGCCGCUGCUGGCGUACUUCGAGAACGAGAAGCCGGCGCUGCGGCAGCAGAUCGAGCAGGAGUGCGAGAAGCGCAGCGGCGAGGUCCUGCCGGCGCCCGUGCGCGGCGCCAAGGCCAAGAGAGCCAACGCCGCGAACGAGGACGAGGACGAGGACGAGGAGGAGAAGAAGGCGGGCGGCAGCGAGCCGGAGCUCAACGAGCUGGUGCCGCGCGUCGACAUCAGCGGCCAAAUCACCGAGGCGCUGCUGGCCGAGCUGGCCGACAAGAACUGGAAGGUGCGCAACGAGGCGCUGCAGAAACUCAACACUCUUCUCGCCGAGGCGAAAUUCAUCAAGCCCGCCAUCGGCGACCUGCCGCAGGGCCUGGCGCUGCGUCUCGUCGACAGCAACAGCAAGAUCGCGCAAGCGACUCUAGUUAUAUGCGAGUUGCUGGCGAUGGCGAUCGGAUCGCCCGUGAAGCUGCAUGUUCGCGCGCUGUUCCCCGGAUUUUUGCAGUGUCUGGGCGACAGCAAGAACUGGAUCAGAACGGCAGCGAUCUCCUGCAUCAACACGUGGGGCGAUCAGUGCGGCUACAAAGAGUUCUUCGACGGCGAGAUGAUAGGGGACGCCCUGAAGACGGGCUCGCCGAUGCUGCGGACGGAAUUGUGGAACUGGCUGGCGCAGAAGUUGCCGUCGAUACCGGUGAAACAAAUCUCUAAGGAGGAGCUUUUCGUAUGCCUUCCGUAUUUGUACGCCAAUUUGGAGGAUCGUAACUCUGACGUGCGGAAGAACGCUCAGGAAGCCGUUCUCGGAUACAUGAUUCACUUGUCUUACGAAGCAAUGGCUAGAAAUACCGAGAAACUCAAGCCAGGAUCAAGGACGGUGGUGCUCGCCGCAUUGGACAAAGCUCGUCCAAGUUUACCGAUGAAGCCUCUGCCCAAGAAGGAGCCUUCGGACGACAACAUCCAGAAAGCCGGCGCGAAGAAUGCGAAAGUAGCGAAGGUUAAACCGGUAAUGAAAUCGAACAAGGGCGCGCCAUCGAAACCAGGCAGUGCGCGUAAAAAGGACGACGAUGUGGACACUAGCCCUCUGUUGGUGGUCAACAAUUUGAAGCAUCAGCGUGUGAUCGACGAGCAGAAACUCAAGGUGCUCAAAUGGAACUUCACCACGCCCAGAGAGGAAUUUGUCGAGCUUCUGAAGGAUCUCAUGGCUGCGGCGAAUGUCAAUAAGACUUUGAGAGCGAACAUGUUCCAUUCCGAUUUCCGCUAUCAUCUAAAGGCCAUCGAAGCGCUCACCGAGGAUCUUCCCGGAAAUAGCAAAGCGUUGGUGUCUAAUCUGGAUCUCAUUCUCAAGUGGUUGACAUUACGAUUUUUCGAUACUAAUCCGUCGGUGCUGUUGAAAGGAUUGGAUUAUUUGCAAUUGGUUUUCAACAUGCUGAUCGAAGAUCAAUAUCACAUGUUGGAAACCGAGGCAGCCUCGUUCAUUCCUUACCUCAUUAUCAAAAUCGGCGAUCCGAAGGACGCCGUGCGUAAUGGCGUGCGAGCUCUGUUCAGGCAAAUCGCUCUGGUAUAUCCCGUGAGCAAGCUGUUCUCGUACGUAAUGGAGGGUCUGAAGUCGAAGAAUGCGCGACAGCGAACAGAAUGCCUGGAUCAAUUGGGAUCGCUGAUCGAGAAUUACGGGGUUUCCGUUUGUCAACCCACCCCGUCGGCGGCGCUGAAGGAAGUCGCGAAGCAGAUAGCGGAUCGCGACAACUCCGUGCGGAACGCCGCGUUGAACUGCAUUGUUCAGGCCUACUUUCUUCAAGGAGAACGCGUGUUCAAGCUUAUCGGCCAGAUAUCGGAAAAAGACAAGUCCUUGUUGGACGAGCGAAUCAAGAGAGCUGCGAAGAAUCGACCAGCCAAGUCCGCGUCCUCCACCAGACUCUCCGUGCCUACCGUCGCAACUUCCAGUCCGCCAACGGACGAUAUGGAGGCGGAUUACGAAGAGGAGCAGGAAGAGAUUCCCGAACCGGUCGAGUCGAUGCCAGAGCUAGCAUGUGCUAAGCGCACUGACAAUAAUGAAGACGAGCCGGUGCCUUCUCUGGUCGUUCAAUCGCCUUCAAAACAGGACGAGGAAUUUACCAGCGAUAGCGAAACCAAUUCACAAAAUCAUCUCUAUAACGGUCAAAACGAUUCGAAAACGAAUUCCCCCACAUCCGCUCAACCGAAGGUCCCGUCUGGUCCUUUCGGGCUGGACAUGGAGUUCUUGCAAAAAAUCGAACUGAGCGCCCCGGUGAAAUAUCGCAUUCCAGUACUGGCGGAACCCAGAUUAACGUUCAUGAACGAGAAGCCGGCGAAUGUGUUAAACCCGCCGAAGACACAAAUGAUACCGAUUUCACCGCCCAAAUUGUUGGUAUCAGCGUCCACUGUAUCUUCCUCUACUGCUAGCAGUGAAGAUGACACUUUGGAGCGCAACAUUUUGUCCAUGGCCAGUAUGGAUUUGCCUACGGCGAUAAUAUCCAUGAACGCGAUAGAAAAUUUGCUGAAGUCUCAUCAAGCUGCCAGCAUGCAAUCCAAGGAGGACAAAUUCAUCGGGUCGGUAAAUAUGCAAUUGAAGUUGCUGCAAACGUACCCGUUGCGUCAACAUGAAAAUUUGGACGUGUCCAGAGGCUUCAGAAAUGCAUUCCUGGUUGUACUCGCUUUUUACGACACUGGCUUUCUCGGGAAGAAUGUCUCCUUUAUGCACCUGAAGGAGUUGGUAGACCAGAUGAUAAGCCUGCUGGCGGAGGACAAAUUGGAACAUAUACAUCAGGCCGGAGCAUAUUACAGGGUGAUCAACAAUAUCAUGGUGAAAAUCAUCGAUUAUUCCAAUCACACCACCAUCAUAUGUGUACUGAUCAAAUUGCUUCAUUCGUGCGCCGAGUCGAACGUUCCCUCGAAGUACGAGGAGUUGGUGAUGAAGUGUUUGUGGAAAAUAGUGAAAACUAUGUCGAAUUGUUCUACGGACUUGGAUUACGAUGCGAUACUCUUGGAGGUGCACCGUUUCCUUAAGGAUUAUCCUACUACAUGGUGGAAGAAACGGAAAUCCGAUAUCCCGCUACGGACAGUUAAGACAAUUGUUCACAGUAUGACCAGAGUGAAGGGCAGCUCGAUACUUAAUCACUUGACGCUAAUUAACAACACCAACGAGUCCGAAUUACACACUUACUUAAUAAGAUCAAUCGCGAGCCUUAAACCAGACGAGAUUAACGCUAUGGCGAACGCGACUCCAAAAUCGAAUAAUCUCGGAAGGACGCAAAAACAUUUAUCUAAGUCCACUCGUCAGCAAUUGGCGGAAAUAUUUACGAAAAUCGGAACGAAGGAGCACAUGCAAGAAGGCUUAGUACAGUUAUACGACUUUAAGCUUCAAUACCCCGAAGCCGACGUGCAACCGUUCCUGGUAAGGUCCCAUCAAUUCUUCCAAGACUUCAUAGAGCAGGGACUAAGGGAGAUCGAUCAAGCGCGAAAGAACCAGAACGUUUUGUCGCAAGCUAACAAUCAAUAUUCCAUGGAUAAAUAGUGCUACUUAAAAACCCAUUAUUAAUUUGCGCGAGAUAGUUGAUGUUAAUAGGAUGGCUCGUGCCGUCUUUUUGGGCUGAAACGUGUGAAACAAAAAGAGUUUCCAUUUCUUGAUUAAUUUAUCAAUUUCCGAAAGUUUGAAUAAAUCCUGGAUUAAUUGACAAAUGGAGACUCCGUUUGCAUUCGAAAGGGUAGGAUUUAAUCAUUGAGAAUAAUCUCAUAGUCUCUCACAAAUAUAUCAUAUUAGUUACUAUGUUCUGUGAGAUACAGUCUGAUUACUUACGUUCAUUGACCUAAUUUAAGUGAUUCGCAUGAUUUGCCGUUAACAAAAGACUUAAAAAAAAAACCAGCGCGAAUCGUGAGAAAUGAUAUUAGCUGCGCUGUCAAGUACAUGCUGAAAUGACAUAGCGAUUCUGCGUUUUAGCUUUAGGAAUUGUUAAGUUCUCGCAAUGUAAGAAAUAUUGCAUGCGUGCUAAUGCCGAAUACAUUUUGUCCUCCGUUUUGUAUGGUUUGUCAAAUCCACGAAGGUGAAAUAAAAUAAGCUUAUUCGGGAAACAAUAUAAGAUAUUUGAUUAAACGCAAAGCGUACAAAACGAAGGAAUUGAAUAACGUGAAAUCGAGUCGGGCUACGAUGAGAAUGACACUUCAAUUUCGUAUACUUAUGUAUUUUUUAUAUCCGAUUAUUACGAUUGAUCUUACAUGAUAACAUUAUUAUCUUUGAUAACCAUGAUAUUAAUUGUAUAAGAUCAAUCAUAAUAAUUCGAUACGGUAUGUAUAUAAAAUUUGCACAAUUCAAGUUUCAAUCUGAUUGUAACCUGAUUUUGUUUUACGCUGUUUGACUCGUAUGUUACUUCGUCUUCUGAACAAACUCGCUUAAUUUCAUACAUUAGAUUCAUAUUCAUCGUUGCUGCUUUGAUGAAAUCUUCUGUUCUCUUGCGAAGCGAAAAAAAACUAUUAUUCAACAUUUUCUGCACUCUCGUUUAUUCACCAAAUAUUUAAAGAGAGGAAAAAUAAAUAGAAAAUAAAAAAAAUGUCGCUAUGUAAUUAAUAGAAAAUAUACAAGAAGUUUUAAUGAUUAAAAUUGUGCUUUGAUAAAUCUUUUGAUAUAUAAAACUUUAACUUUAAAAUUGAUCGAUAUGUACAUCGUUUUCAAUCUAAAACAAUUUGUUUUGGAUGGAAAGUAAUACAGCGCGCAGGAUGUUUCACGAAAGCAACAACGAUCUGUUUUAUUUAUUGAGAAGCAAAGCUAUCAUACCCCAAUCAAAUAUUUAUGAAUAGGAUCAAGGAAUAAAACGUACAGAUAUUGUAGCGAAUAUAGCAUCUAUAUUGGUGCUUAUUACUUGAUGUAACGAAAAAAAAAUUAUGUCUAGUCGCAAGAAGCUUGUAACUGUGAGAGAAGUCCAAAAUGAAAUUAAAAUACAAAUAAGGAAGUUAUCGAGCUACGCGAGAUGUUAGCGCUAACAAUUACAAUUUUAGCGUAAAUCGGAUACAUAGUUUUAUAUGUUUCAGUCAGUGAUUCGACAAUCUUCAAUGUUAGAAAACGUAUAUGUAUUAAAUUUAUGUUGAAAUUGUAAUUGUUAGCGCCAACAUCUUGCGUGGUUCGAUAUCUUCUUUGUAUUUUAAUUUAUUUAUUCUUACGAGCCUAAAAUUUUUAAAAUUAAAAUUUCAGGAUAAGAAACUGUCCAAUUGAAAUAUUUUGAAUGCGAGUUGAUGUUAACUUCCAGAAAAUUAUCUCAUUUAACUAGCACUAGUUACAAGUGAAACAAUUAAAUAUUACAAAGUACUUAGUUGUAUGUAUGUUCAGAAGUAUUUGCACAAUUUUACAAGGAUUAAUUGAUUCUUUAAUUUAUAUCGAUUACAAGAAUCAAUCAAUCAUUAAUGAUAUAAAUUAAAUUGUAUAAUCUACUAUAAAGUAAAUUAUUAAAUAAUAUAUAAAUUGUUAUUAUCAGAGUAUAAAUAGUACAAAUUAUGAUUACUGACGCAAUCAUUCUUCUGCUUCUUUCAUAUCGAAUAAGAUACUCGUGGCUAAAUAAUUUUCAAGUUAUGAGAUUCUUGCGACUCGAUGGGCGUAUUUAUCUUCUUACUAUUGGUGCAGAAAAAAAAAGAACAAAGUGUAACCAAAUAUCCACCCAGUAAAUUAUCCAAAGCGAUUAGACGGCUUUACUAUUCGAAUAUUUUACGAUUACGAUUUGAAGUUGCUAUAUUUGAGAACUUACCGCUUUUUCCGAAGACUCAUAUUCUGUAGUGUAAAUAGUACAUGUAUAUACACGCACUAAUAAAAUUGAUAUUCGACAAAACUGUACAACUCUGUGUGUGAUCGGCGAAGAGAAGGGAUUGUAUGCACAGCUUCCCAAAUGGCAUUCCUUCAUACGUUGAUUAUUAUUAAGUAGUAUUUGUCACACGAAUUGCAUGCGAGAUGCGACAAUGCAUUUUGAGAGUUUCAAUUUUAGGUAGUUUUAUCAAACUGUGUUCCACAACGCCAUCAUAGAUUGUGUUGAUCAAAAAAGCGCGCUUCAAUUUCUGCGAGAUGUGUUUGCGAUUUUUUUUUUUUUCCAAACAAGUUACAAGUUUGUAGAACUUUGGGAAAUUUGUGCAAUAUUACCGAUGCAGUUUUGAUACGCAACGAUAUUUAUUUAUUUCAAUGUAAGCUCUUUUACAAUAUAUGAAUAGAUUUCUGUA